AUGAGAAAUGAGGAUAAGAAAAUGAGAAAUGAGGAUAAGAAAAUGAGAAAUGAGGAUAAGAAAAUGAGAAAUGAGGAUAAGAAAAUGGGAAAUGAGGAUAAGAAAAUGAGAAAUGAGGAUAAGAAAAUGGGAAAUGAGGAUAAGAAAAGGGGAAAUGAGGAUAAGAAAAUGGGAAAUGAGGAUAAGAAAAUGAGAAAUGAGGAUAAGAAAAUGAGAAAUGAGGAUAAGAAAAUGAGAAAUGAGGAUAAGAACAUGAGAAAUGAGGAUAAGAAAAUGAGAAAUGAUGAUAAGAAAAUGAAAAAUGAGGAUAAGAAAAUGGGAAAUGAGGAUAAGAAAAUGAGAAAUGAGGAUAAGAAAAUGAGAAAUGAGGAUAAGAAAAUGGGAAAUGAGGAUAAGAAAAUGAGAAAUGAUAAGAAAAUGAAAAUGAGGAUAAGAAAAUGGGAAAUGAGGAUAAGAAAAUGA